AUGUUCUCCUUGUGCCUGUGCAUGAAUGGUUUCAAAAAGGAACUCGACGGAAACAACAUCAAACGAAAACAGAACAACAACAACAGGAACUGCAAAAAAAAAAGUUCUAAAAAAUGUGUCAUGGAUGAUAACUUGUUUGAUGUUCUUCCGUUGAAUUCGAAGAGCGCUGAUGAGGGCAUAAUGCUGGCAUCUGCAUCAACAUCACCACCAACAAUUCUACCGACCAAUCCAUCCACACCUCCUUCUACUCUUGUCACUCCACCACCAACCUCCUCUUCUCCGUCAACAUCAGCUCCUAAAAACAAAUCUUUUUUAAAAAAUUCAAACAAAGUCUUUUAUGUCAGCAAUGUGACAGAAGGCAUGGCUACUGACGUUAUUGGAUGUCCCGGACCAAUCGAUGUUGCUAUGGUUCUAUCCAGCUUUCAGAAAGGCAGCAGAUGUCAAUCCUUCUACGCUCGACAUUUCUGCGAUUUCCAUGCUGCGGCCAUGAUUCCAGUUCGGAGAAGUUUCAAAAUAACUCACAAGCAUUACAGUCCAGUGAUGUUCCACGAUCCAGUCGCUCCCACAAGGAACGUUUCCACAAAAACUUUCCUGAUGUUGCUUGCUCAGAUGAGAUGA